CCACCGCUGCGUCGCACACAAAGCGCCUCGCUUACGCUUUUACCACCCCCGGCCCGAGAGAGAGGGAGGGGAGGGGGACUGCGCGCUCUGCUACUGCUCCAUGGCGAUGGUCCCGGCCGACGCCGGCGCCAAGCCGCCGCCGGACUUGGAGAAGCCGGACCACAGCACCCAGAACGGCGCCCCCAACUCUGCCGCCGCCGCCGUCGCGGGCGGCGGCGGCGGGGGCCGAGGUAGCGGCGGGGGCGUGGUGGAUUCGGUGGUGGCGCGGUGGCGGCGGGAGGACAUGCUCGACAAGAGCCCCCUCGCGCUGCACGCCGCCGCGGCGGCGUUCGCCUUCGUCGCGCUCGUGCUCGUCGCCUCCAACCAGCACGGGGGCUGGAUGGAGUUCGACCGGUACCAGGAGUACAGGUAUCUUCUCGCGAUUACGGCGCUGGCGUUCGCCUACUCGCUUGCGCAGGCGCUGCGGCAUGCGUUGCGGAUGCGCCGCGGUGUCGACCCGGUCCCGGCGGCGUCCGGGAGGCUACUCGAUUUCGCCAGUGAUCAGGUAGUCGCAUACUUGCUGAUGUCUGCUCUGUCUGCUGCUACACCCAUUACGAAUCGGAUGAGAUCUGCAGUGAUCAACCGCUUCACCGACACAACUGCUGCUGCAAUCAGCAUGGCCUUCUUUGCAUUUGUUGCCCUCGCCUUGUCAGCGAUGGUUUCUGGAUACAAACUGUCCAAACAAACGUACAUGUGAAGCAUCGUCCUAUAGGUAAAGCCCAUUUCACGUGACUGGUGAUUAUUGUUACCUAUUGGUAGCUUCCACAUGUGUAUAUAAGGUUUUGAUGCAACAUGUCUGAAGCUCUAGCUAAAGAUCACGAUAUUGAUCUGAACUUUCUGCUACCUUAAGACUCGAGAAGAAAAUUGCUGUCUUGAUGAGAACUGCUUGUUCUAAAGAUACAGAUCAGUGUACCUAUGUGAGCAUUUUGAUGAAGCAUCUUGUACCUAUGUGAGCAUUUUUGUUGUAGUAGCAUCUUAUGUAUGUGAGGUUGUGAUCAUUUUAUUGUAGCGUACAUCUAUUUUCAAUUGGUGUACUAAAUUUUUAGUGCCGGCAUUUUUUAUGGAGUAGAUUUAUCAUUUCUAUUC